AUGGUGCAGGCGCACGAGCCCAAGCUCGAGCAGCGGCGCACCUGGUUCUCCGAGCCUGGCGCUUCGCCCAGCGCGCACACGUUUGCGACGGCCGACGGCAAGUGCGAAGGCACAGUCGCGGGGUACAAGGGGGGCAAGAUCGACUGGAUCACGACGUGCAAGUUCUUCUCGAAGGAGCUGGGCUUCGGGAACCUGCGCAUCGACGGCUGGGCCAACCGCGAGACCCGCGCGCCGCACGUGGCGGUCCACCUCUGCAUCGUCUUCAAUGUCCUCUUCAUCUACAUCGGCUGCCCGCCGCGCACCAACCUCGUCCUCGACGACGCGUACAACGACCACGUCUACGGCACGGCGCGCAAGUCGACCGGCCGCUCGCUCAACGACGUCCACGUCGACUGCGUCGAGGACAAGCGCUUCAAGCAGUACGUCUCCAAGUCGCACGUCGUCAACGCCUUCAUGGUCGCGCCGACGACGCUGCUCUACACGAUCCCCUUCACCAAGAAGACCUUCGCAAAGGUUCGCUCGCUCGCGAUGGAGUACAUGACCGCCUGGCUCGAGCUGCUCGACGAGACGGAGGGCGUCCUCGUCGACGGCAUCGACACGCGCGAGACGCAGACCGAGCUGCUGCAGCUCGACGUGCGGACGCGCCAGUUCUGCGGCCGCGACCCAGACACGAAGAACGUCGCCAACAUCUUUGGCCUCGAGAAGACGGACAAGCUCGUGCGCACGCUCUGGGGCGACCCCGACGACCCGAUCUGGCAGUCGCGCUGA